CAUAUUGAACCGUUUUAGAGUUGAUGUGCAGUCUACUCAUUGGUUUGCGUGAUCUGAUCGGUUGUACAAACUUGGUGGUCAAUUAGACCAAACACUUUUCUUUCGCUAGCUUGUCUCUCCCUUUGCUUCUUUAUCUUUUCUUGCAGCGUGCCUUUCAUGCUCUCGUCACAUACUUGUAGUGGCAGCGGUCUGCUUUUCUUUUCAGCACAGGAACACUCUUGCCCCGUAUAAAACCAGCCCUGCCUAGGCCACCCUGGUGAUACGUAGACUCCACUUAACCAUCUCGGACAAGGCAUCAAUCAAUCAAUCCCCACGAUGAGGAGGAAAGGAAGUGAGUGUACAAGAAUCAGCCCAGAGAUCGCCACCAGCGGCAACCCUAUGAUCUCCCUGCAGACGAGCAGAUCCGCCCGGUCGGCGCAGACGUCGUCGUCCUCGGACCGGGACCGGCCGGCGCAAGCGCGCGGCGGCGGCUGCCGCCUCCUGAGGAGCGCACGGUGGUCGGCCGCUAGCUGCUACCGGCGCGCGAGGGUAAGCGUCGCCAUGGCGUUUUGGUCGUCGGCGCCAACGAAGAAAGGCCCCUCCAGUGCCGCUUCACGUUCCCUGGAGUGUACGCCGGCGAGAAGCAGUAGCAUGCGGCAUUCUGCAACCCUUGUCGUCGCUGAUGAGUCCCACAAGAGCGAGGCCGUGGAGGAAUGCAUCAGGUUCAUGAACUCGUCGUCCAGGAAGUACCGGUAGUUUUUCUUGUUCUUUUGUGAUUCUACACACCCCUGUGCGCAGAUGCUAGUGUCUCCCCUUGUAUUUCACACUUUUGGCCUUUCAUCUAUUGUGCGCAUUCAAUCCCAUCUUGUGAAAAUAUCAUGCUGUACUAUGUCCAGGUGCUUUGUAUCCUUUGCGUGUUCUGAAAAAUAUCUCGCUAUUACUUUCA